AUGGGCCUCAAGCGCAAAGCGUCAGCCCUUGAGCUGGACUCGUUUCUCCUGCGCUCACAGCAGCUCCAAUCGUCCCAACACACACAAACUCACUCAUUCCCGUCCUUUCAACAAGCCUCCUCACCUCCAUCCUUGACCUCCGACUCUGCCUCGCCAGGUUCCUCCCCGAGCAGCAUGCACACCGAGCCGUUCCACUCAGCUCUCACACAAUACAAUACUAUGCCAUCAUACUCCAACUACGCGCCCCACGCCCCCUGGUUGCACACACGCACACGCAAAAGAGUACGCGACAACCGCCCCAGCCAGAGCCAGAUCCACGCCGCCACGCUGCAGCGGCUCUUCUCCGCGCAGCGAAGCCACGCAUUCGGCGAGGACGCCAUGAUGCUCGACGACAUGGAGCCCGACAUGCACACCGAGCCGAUGAUCGUGCCGGAAGAGUGCUUCCAGACGGAUGAUGAUGGCACGUUGCAGCAGCAGGACGUGAUGGCGUCCGUGGAGCUCGGCGCGCCCGAGGCCAACCAGCGCAGCCUACACGAUUUCUUCGCGCGGCAGAAGGGGAAGCAGCCGGCGGUGACGCUGCCGCUGCCGCCGCCGCUGCCGCUGCUGGAGCCGCAGCUGAGGGAGCGGCGGUCCUUUGGCGUGCUGGGCAUGAUGAACGCUGGGAGUGUGGAGCCUGAGGUCGAGCCGCUGGCGCCGAAAGCGCUGACGCCCGGCGCGUGCUGCCUGCCGUGCGAUUUCAGAACGGCGGAGGUGGUGGCUGCGCUGGUUGAGGAUGCUAUGGUUGUGGGAUGA